CCCAAAUAUGAAAGGGCAUAUGCUUUUUCAUGGAUCCUUGUUGGUUGGUUUCUCUAUAUCCACCCACACAUGUUGCCCCACAGCAAACUCAAGCACCACUGAUCCAUUUUCAUCCAAAGGAACAACAGCAACAACAAGAACCAGAAGCUUCUUGAAUGGCAACUACAAGAGCUGCGUUCAUAUUCAGCCUCUCUUCACUCACUCAACCAUCCACCCCAAAACCCAAAACCCAUCUCACAUUCCCACCAUUCCACCUCAAAUCCCACUCAGUUUCAUCUUUUUACAACAACCCAAGAACCCAUUUCAAUCCACUACCAAAGUCCAUCGACGUCUCAAAAGAAGACCAACCCAUUUCAGAACAGCAACCAGAAGCAGAGCAGCAGCAGGAGGAGGAGGAGAAGUUUGACAAGAGGAGGCUUGAGGAGAAGUUUGCUGUGUUGAAUACUGGGAUAUAUGAGUGCAGGUCUUGUGGGUACAAGUAUAAUGAAGCUGUAGGGGACCCUUCUUAUCCUAUUCCUCCUGGUUUGCCAUUUGAUAGGCUCCCGGAAGAUUGGAGGUGUCCGACUUGUGGUGCUGCAAAGAGUUUCUUUGAUAGUAAGAGCGUGGAGAUUGCGGGGUUUGCUCAGAAUCAGCAGUAUGGUUUAGGUGGUGACAGAUUGUCCGUUGAUAAUUUAUGGAAGCUCACAUUAACACAAAAUGUGAGCCCAAAAGGGAUGGAUAAUUAUUCAAAACCAACUAAAGUUGGAGGAUUAGCAGUGGGUAAUUUGUCCCUUGCAAUUCAUCUUCAUCCAUCAAGAACUUGUUAAAAGUGAGAGUAGAACAGAGUGGUACCCAUAUAAUUUUCGUGAAAGGAGAAACUAAAUUCCUCAGUCACAUUUAGAGAAUGAAGGCCAAAGUCAUCGUCACGAGACUGAACAUGGUAUUUCAAUUUACCAGAGUUGUUUGGGAGGUUAUUACGAAUGACAACAGUUACUUUUGGGUUAAAGUUGAUGCCAUUUGUCAAGUGUAUGUAGUUCAUGGAUAACAAGAAGAACAUGGAAAAGAGGAAUUUUGAAUCAUGAGGAGAACUCAUUCUUAUAAAUGUAUUAUUACUUUUAUUUAUUGAUUCUGGAAGACGAGUAUACAAAACCUAUAUAUACAAAUUAAUAUUCCACCUAAACUUCUAAUUAAGCUACCAA